AUGAAUCCUUGGCUGGAGGACCAUCCCUCUGGCAGUGGCGUCACCAAGCCCUCCGCCUCCUCCGCCUCCACAACCACAACCACAACGACCACCGUCCUGCCUCCGCCACACCUCCCACGCUCCCUGACCCGGGCCCACGAGAACAUCUACACGCUGCCGAACGCGCUGACGUUCUCGCGGCUGCUCGCGGCGCCGCUGGUGGGGUACUUCGUGCUGCAGCACGAGUCGGUGCUGGCGCUCGCGCUGUUCGCGUACGCCGGCGUCACGGACCUGGUGGACGGGUACCUGGCGCGGCGGCUGGACGCGCAGACGGUGGUGGGCACGGUGAUCGACCCGAUGGCGGACAAGAUCCUGAUGACGACGUGCGUGCUGACGCUGACGGCCAACGGCACGCUGCCCGUGUGGCUGGCCGUGGUCGUGCUGGGCCGCGACGUCGCGCUGGCCAUCUCGGCCGUCUACUUCCGCUGGAUCUCGCUGCCGCCGCCCAAGACCUUCACGCGCUACUGGGACUUCUCGCUGCCCUCGGCCGAGGUCCACCCGACCGAGAUCUCCAAGAUCAACACCCUGCUGCAGCUGUUGCUGGUCGGCAAUGCCAUGUUGCUGCCCGUCCUGCCCGCGGCGUUCGUCGAGGCCUGGAAUCUCUGGGGCGUCAUGGAGGGCUGGUACUACCUCGUGGCCGGGACGACCGUGUGGAGCGGGUUAAGUUACUUGGGGAAUAAACAGGCGGUGAGGAUAUUGACCCCGGAGGAACAGGACGAGAAGCAAAAAUCAGACGGUUGA